AUGCAAAAUCUAGGAAGCACUACACCACUGGGUGCUCAGUCGUAUGGUCAGGCGAGAGAAUCGUGGAUGUAUGACCAUUACCCCACGAUUGCGUCGACCACGACAUCGGGCACUAGCUCUACGACGACAGUUGCACAGCGGCAACCAGAUAGAGUGCUCGAUUGGUGGUGUUCCAUGCAUGGGGUUGAUGCAAAGGGACAGAGAGUCAUACCUGAUCCCGGAACAAAACAGAUAGCUAAUGCCAUUAUUGGCUUGAAGGAAAAGGAGGCAGCUGGUGAGUUCACUCCUAGAGGACAAGUUGAUGCCUUACACGAGACUCUAGGACGGGACCAGUAUGGACGUGUGAGGGGCGUAGGAGGUGUCCGCCUCGGGGUGAGAAAGGUGUAUGGUGAUCAAUACACCUCUACGUCCAGAUCCACUACCUCCAGUGUCAAUUCAUCACCUUCCAUAGAUGUGGAGGCUAUGAAAGCCGAACUUCGGGAGGAGCUCAGAGCGGAGAUGACUCAGAAUUUCAACGCCAUUUUGGCGCAGAUGGGCUUACCGACUUUUGGUGCUUUCACGCAGGGCAAUGUUCCUAUGCAGCCUGUUCCUACGCAGCCUCGUCCACAACCGGAGUUAACGGAAGAGACACCAUGUGAGCUAUGUAAUCAAGGAGAUGGUCAUGGUAGAUUCAUUAUCGUGGCUUAUGGAUCUGUACAGCCCCCUAGGGACCGGCCACUAUUGCACAACCAGCCAGUAGCUGAUAUUCACUAUGUGGUCAGCGUUAAGACAUUGUGCCGGUACAAUCUCUAA